AUGACUGCCUCUGAGAGAUUGAAACAAAUUCUGGAGGAAGACAGUCAUGAGCUAAGUUUCGAAAAUUCGGAAGACUUAGAAGAAUCUUUAAAUGAGUGGAGUGUAAAUGGGAACUAUGAUGUAAAGAAUAUCCGGGAGUCAAACUUGAACGUUCUUCAUGCUUUAAGCCAAAGGGAAAUAAUACAUAUAAUGGACAGAGUUCUAGGUGGAGAUAGCUUUGAAAAUAUACUAGAAGAGAUUGCCAAGGAGUACCUUGGAGAUGAAUGGUCUGCCUCUGCAAUUAAUAAGCGCGAAAAAAACUCCAGAUCUGAGUUAACUAGCAGAUCCGAAACUAGCGAUAAUGAAAUGGUAGAUGCAAUGCAGGAAUUUAAUGAUGAGAUAUAUAGUUCAGAGAAGGACUUUAUUACACUUUCGCAGAAUGUACCAUUGAGAAUUGAUCAUAAUGAAAGACAACUUUUAAAGUUAGUGGAAGGAACGUUAGAAGUAAGCAAAUAUACUGAUAGAGUGGAUAUAGUAUCAGUGCCUAGGUCAAAGAUGAUUGUAAACGAAAUAAGGCAAGUCUGCGCGGUUUUAAGUGGCCUUGCAGUUUCAUUUGAUUACGAGCUUGGGCAAAGACUUAUUAAAGAUAGGAACUUUAGUGACAAUGAAAAAUUUUUCCAGACAGUUUUUGAGAUUGCAAGGAGAUACAAAAUGUUAAACCCUGAAAUGAUGAGAGACUCUUAUGGCAAGCUGAUUUUUUUGUUGAUGGAUGCCCAGAAAGAAAACAUCAGAGAACUCUUGCAGUUUAAAUGUUAUAAGCCCGUUUUGACAGUUUAUGAAUUUCUAAAGAGUAGGAAUUGUUUAGAUAUUUUAAGUGAUCCAUUACUUUCGAUAGCAACGCGUAAUAUUGAGCAAAUUGACGAUAUAAACGUUCUUAAUGGAAAGCUAACAAAAAAACGAUUAGCAAUCAAAGAGCUACUAAGAAGGUAUGCAUCUAAAGACUAUACAGAGCAAAGUAGUAAAAAAUCCACAUCUCGUGGCUUUUACAGUUUAUUUAUGCUCGGAAGAUCAAAUCAGACGCAAGAAACGGAAAUAAAUAACCAAUCCGGCAUAGUAACAAGCACUGGAAGCUUGGAAAAUCUUGAGAAAACUCAAGAGAUUAAGGAAAUAACGGUUGAAGAGCUUGAAAUGUGUAUUUACUCUUUAAAUGACCAUGAUGUGUUCCUAUACUAUAACAAAAGACCCAUUGACAAAAUGAUUGAGUACUUGACAACUUUCUUCAAUCCCCAAAAGGAACGAUCAAGGGAAUUAAGUCUUUCACUUGUCGGCGAUCCUAACUCAAGCGCAAGGCUUAAUCAUGAUCAUUCGCGUCAAUACUAUUAUGUAUUACAAAGUCUUACAAUGUGGCGUGAGGUUCUGUUCAAUAUGAUUAGACUCUGGAGACUUGCGGAAGAUGACUUGCUUGAUGGGAACAAUGGGUACAGAUUAGGAGACACUGGCCAAGGUAUUCAUAGAAUCCAGUCAGCUCCUAGACUUUAUAGGGCAAUGUGCGAGAUUAUAUCGAAAGUACAGCGUGAGGUAGGUAAUUGGGUUGGCUCCUCUGUAAUCCACCUUGGGGAUAGGACAGUACCGAACGCUCUUGUUUUUAUUGAUAAAUAUCUUCAGGUACCAAAAAUAUUAACUCCGAUAGUUUUGUGCAUUGAAAAGAUAGAUAAGCUUUCGUGUUCAAGCGUUCAUUUAAAAAUAUUUAUUGAGAAUUCGUUCGGAGGAGUUUUGAGCCUUAAACAACAGAUUCUUGUUGAUUUUUUCAAGCAUGGAUUCGACGGUGGCGGAGCUGAUAACUUCUUUGAUGCCGGUUCUUGUAUCGACGGUAGGCUCACCUCCGCAUGGAACUGGUGUUCAAAUAUAGAAAAGAAACCUUACUUCCCGAUUUUCUUAUUGACAGGAUUCGUCGGAUUCGAUGGUAAAUUCUAA